AAAUCACAUCGCCUUUAAAAAUACUGUCAUUUUAAAAUUGGCCAGCCUCUUUCCAAAGCUGGUAAUAUUUUUCAGUUUAAAAUUUACAUCAGUCGAAGCAAGUUCUAAGGUCCUGUAAUAUUUUUCUAAAAUUCAAGAAUUUCCGGUAUGAUUAUGGUUCACGACGGAUUGAACAGCCCACGGCUGCAGGGUGGACAGGAGGUUACUGAGGAGAAUCAGUCGCCGUUUCCGGAUAAAUACCAUAUGCGUAAUACCCGGGUGCUCCGGGUCUCGAAGGCGCAAAUCCAGGAUGUGCCCAUGGAGGUUAUUGAGGCGGCUCAGCAGGAGCUGGUCAACAUCGUCAGCUUGGAUGGCAACUUGCUACGCGAAGUGCCCAAGGAUCUGCCCUUGCUCGGGGAACACCUCAACCAGCUAAACCUGACCAAGAACCAGAUAUCCUUCAUACCCACCAACAUCUCGCAGUACUCCAAGCUGUCGAUUCUCAACCUCUCCAGCAACCUUUUGUGCGAUCUGCCCAUGGAGUUGGGUGGUCUUCAGUUGCUCCGUGAGCUGGACAUCUCCCACAACAGGUUCCAUCACCUGCCCAGAUGCAUCUAUGAGCUAGAGAGCCUGGAGUCCCUGUUGGCCCACGACAACCAGAUUAAGUCCAUCGAUGCCAGUGACUUGGGACUGGGUGGCCUGCGGAACCUGGAACUACUGGAUCUGAAGAACAACGAUAUCAACCUAGUGCCGCCAGUCCUGGGAAAGAUGAGGAAGCUCAAGAGCCUGGAGCUGUGGGGCAACCCCUUCCGCCAGCCGCGUCAUCAGAUUCUAUCGAUGGGAACUCCCGCGGUGCUGAGCUACCUGCGCACUCGCAUUCCCAUAUAAGUCAGACAAUGUUUUCUGUGUUUCACUCAAAUUUUAAAGUAUUGAGCAAUAAAUGGAAAGCCUGUGUUUAUACAUUUAAAUACAAA